AUCAUUAACAGUUGAUCAACAGGUUUGCGCAGACAUCCAAACGCAGCAAACGCAGCUAGGCAGAUAAUCCACAGCAGUUGUAAUUGAAUUGCAGCUGCCACAAAUUCAGUUAUAAAAGUCAUUUCACGUGCUUAACUAAAUUUAUAUUCUAAUAGAACGCGUGCGUGUGCAGAGUCCGCCUAUACUCGGCGCAUAGACCACAGAAAACGGAAGCCCACGCUACAUUUCCGGCAUUUCAAAUACAAUCAAAUAACAGCACACAGGAACAUGGCUCAGUCGGGAAGCAGCUCGAAUUGUGCGACGGAAAGCUUUGGGCUAUUGCUGCUGCUGCUCUUUCUGCACAGCAGCCGUGCAGCUGGCAUGGCAAAUGGCCCGAAUGGCAACAACAAUGAGCUGGCGGCCACGGGACUCACUGACCAGGUGGUUGACCAACUUGGCGAUAAUGAGCUCUACAACAACAACAAACGCGCUUGGCAGUCGCUGCAAAGCUCUUGGGGCAAACGCUCCUCGAACGAUCCGGCCGCCCUGGAAAUGGAUGAUUCGAUCUAUAUGACGGGACACUUUGUGCCGCUGGUCAUCACCGAUGGCACCAACACCAUCGACUGGAACACCUUCGAGCGCUGGGCCAGCAACAAUCAGGAGCAGCAACAGCAGCUCCAGCAGCAGCAGCAGCAACAGCCAUCGAAUUCUAUUGAAGACUCUGAUGAGCUGAAUUCUGAUAAUGCCAUGGAGAAACGCGCCUGGAAGAACAUGAAUGUAGCCUGGGGCAAGCGGCGUCAGGCACAGGGCUGGAACAAGUUUCGAGGAGCCUGGGGCAAGCGUGAGCCCACCUGGAACAACCUGAAGGGCAUGUGGGGCAAGCGUGAUCAAUGGCAAAAGCUGCACGCAGGCUGGGGCAAGCGCUCCCUGAACAACUAAACUCGCUCACCCAAUAAGCCACAAAAUACCAAUGGAUGCAACACUUUACUAUAUAUAUAUAUAAAUAUCUGUGUAUACAAAUAUACGAAAUCUUAGAUAACCUAUUUCCCCAGUAGAGUCUCUCGAUUUUCUAGCAACAACUAAGCCAACAACAACAAGGAUGUAGAUCAGAUUCCGAAAAUGUAUGAAAGCGCUCGCCACAAAAACAACAACAACAAGAAGACGAUGAAGAAGAAGAAGAAUCAAAAAAGUAUUUGUAAU